GGCGGAGGAGAGCCGUGCGCAGCGGCGUGUGUGGGGCCGUGUGCAGACCCGCGUGUGGCGCAGGCAAGGACUCUGAAAAUAAACAGCCGCUGCUUUGCGAGUCGUCUUCCAGGCCCUGCGUCCGAGUCUCCACCGCUGUGGGCAGCUCAGACGCCGAAGAGACUUAGAGGCUGACUGCUGACAUCUUGUUAGUACUAGAGUCUACCUUAUGACUUCACUCUAACUGCAGCUAUGAGCAGCAACGAAUGCUUCAAGUGUGGACGAUCUGGCCACUGGGCCAGGGAGUGCCCUACUGGUGGAGGUCGGGGUCGUGGAAUGAGAAGCCGUGGCAGAGGUGGUUUUACCUCUGAUAGAGGGUUCCAGUUUGUUUCCUCAUCUCUUCCUGAUAUCUGUUACCGCUGUGGUGAGUCUGGUCAUCUUGCCAAGGAUUGUGAUCUUCAGGAGGAUGAAGCCUGCUAUAACUGCGGUAGAGGUGGCCACAUUGCCAAGGACUGCAAGGAGCCCAAGAGAGAGCGAGAGCAAUGCUGCUACAACUGUGGCAAGCCAGGCCAUCUGGCCCGUGACUGUGACCACGCGGAUGAGCAGAAGUGCUACUCUUGUGGUGAAUUUGGACAUAUUCAAAAAGACUGCACCAAGGUGAAGUGCUAUAGGUGUGGUGAAACUGGUCAUGUAGCCAUCAAUUGCAGCAAGACAAGUGAAGUCAACUGUUACCGCUGUGGCGAGUCAGGGCAUCUUGCACGGGAAUGCACAAUUGAGGCUACAGCCUAAUUAUUUUCCUUUGUCGCCCCUCCUUUUUCUGAUUGAUGGUUGUAUUAUUUUCUCUGAAUCCUCUUCACUGGCCAAAGGUUGGCAGAUAGAGGCUGUUCCCAGGCCAGUGAGCUUUAACUUGCAGUGUAAAAGGAGGAAAGGGGUGGAAAAAAAACCGAAUUUCUGCAUUUAACUACAAAAAAAAGUUUAUGUUUAGUUUGGUAGAGGUGUUAUGUAUAAUGCUUUGUUAAAGAACCCCCUUUCCGUGCCACUGGUGAAUAGGGAUUAAUGAAUGGGAAGAGUUCAGACCAGUAAGCCCUUCUGGGUUUGAGUGUGUUCCCAUGUAGGAGGUAAAACAAUUCUGGAAGCAUCUGAACUUCCAUAAAUAACAUUAAUUUUUAGUAUAAUGACGGCCUUGGAAUGUCUGACCUCAGUAGCUAUUAAAUAACAUCAGUAACAUCUGUAUCAGGCCCUCGUAGAACAUACAGUUGAGUGGGAGUAAACUGAAGACACAACGUGUUGAUGGCUAUGCCAGGGAGAUCGGGAUAAAAGCCCAACACAGGAGCAGCUUCAUCCCAUACAGAUGGUGAUGGCAAAGGUGUAGAACACAUUUUUUCAAAGACUAAAUCUAAAACCCAGAGUAAACAUCGCUCAGAGUUAGCAUAAUUUGGAGCUAUUCAGGAAUUGCAGAGAAAUGCAUUUUCACAGAAAUCAAGAUGUUAUUUUUGUAUACUAUAUCACUUAGAAAACUGUUUCAUUUGCUGUAAUCAGUUUUUAAAAGUCGAAUGGAAAAAGCAACUGAAGUCUUAGAAAAUAGAAAAUGUAAUUUUAAACUAUUCCAAUAAAGCUGGAGGAGGAAGGGGAGUUUGACUAAAGUUCCUUUUGUUUGUUUUAAAUUUUCAUCAAUGUAUAUAGAACAAAAUACCAUAUUAAAGAGGGGAAUGUGGAGGACUGAAAGA